AAUAUUAGAUACCAACUCUCGGUAAGUCCUUUUAGCAGGGGCAGGGAGGGAAAGAAUGCAGACAUACCUGACUGUCUACUCCUACCCUAUCCCCUCACAGAGGCCAAGUAAGAUUGUCCAUCGUGUGCAGUUGUGUAGCGAGGGGCCGGGUGUCGCUACCGUUAGCUUGCGCGGCGCCGCGCGUUGUCAGUGGUGUCAGCAUGUCUACGCAGCGUUAGACGAGAGACUACAGGCGGUCUGCGUAUAUACCCCGUCGGGCCCAGAAGCGGUGUAGGGACGCAAGCCACACUCUCUUUCGUCUGCUUCGUGAGCAGCAGACGACAAACUCCUACCGCCCCAGUGAGCCGCGGAGCCAGCGAGCUGCCCCGGCCGAAGAGUGUGGAAGGAGAUUGAGAAGCGGACUUGUGCGGCGGCUGAGACUCGGUGGCGACUCGAGUCGCCUCCUACAUCUGCUUUUGCUGUGGUACCAGACCCUCCAGUCAGCGGAUGAGGCUGCAGCAUGCACCACAGCCACGCAGUCCUGCACAUCUGGACGUAGACUCAAACAUUUUAACGUGAAGCUCGCCCGCCGUGGAUGAUGGUGGGACACAACGUUAGCUGAGCGGAACUCAGGCGUUUGAACUCGAACUUAUUCAUGGUUGUGUCAACCGCUCGUGCCCUCCAAAGUAUUAGUUUUCCAGCGGUUCCCGUGAGCUACGUUCAUUCGUGCAACCAGGACGGGGACGUAGAUGAGAAGAGACACGACAACCUGUUGCAGGAGCAGCCCUCUGCCGUGAGAACCUGAUCUACAAAGGGGAGAAAAGCGUUGUACCAGGUAGGACUUGCGACAUAUCGCGAACAUGAAGAUACAAGGUAGCGCAGUCUGGAAGAUGGCAAAUGUUGCUGUGCUAACGAUUCUGGUGGUGUUGGUGAUGCUGCUGACCACGGUGGAAGCGGAGAGUCCACGUCGCGAAUUGCGCUCGCGUCAGCAGAACGACGAGGCCCGAACUGAGCAGCCGCGAGGACCAAAUGUUUGUGGGAUCGGACCAAGAUCUCGAAGAAAGUGCUGCACAGGGUGGAGUCAGCCCUCCGGCAGCCAGUUGUGCAUUAUCCCAAUUUGUGUGGCUGGAUGUGGCACUGGUGGACGGUGCAUGCGGCCUAGCAUGUGUCUGUGUUCUAACAAACAGAUCUCGCCAACCUGCACCGACAGCCACGACUGUGGCUCUGGCUGUCAGAAUGGGGGCAGGUGUGUGAGUCAGGAUACGUGCAGGUGUCCCUAUGGCUUCACCGGCAAAAGCUGUGAACAUGACUUCAGAACAGGCCCUUGCUUCACGCAGGUUUCCAACAACAUGUGCCGUGGACAGCUGACUGGAGUUGUCUGCACCAAAACACUGUGCUGUUCUACAAUUGGAGCUGCUUGGGGUCGUCCUUGUGAGCAGUGUCCAGCAGAGACACAUCCUUGUCGUCGUGGGUACAUCAUCAACCCUCAGACCAACACCUGCCAAGAUGUCAAUGAAUGCCAAGCCAUUCCUGGCCUGUGUGUUGGUGGAGAGUGUGUCAACACCCUGGGCUCUUACAGGUGUGAUUGUAAGGCUGGCCAAACACAAAACCCCAUCACUAAGAUCUGUGAAGACGUCAAUGAGUGUGAAACCAUACGGGAUGUCUGUCGCAAUGGGCAGUGCACAAACACUGAGGGCAGCUACUUCUGCACCUGCAACCCUGGUUAUGAGGCUACUCCUGACAGAACAGCAUGCACAUCUGCCCAGCUUGGCUACUGCUAUACACGAAUCGUGGAUAUGAACUGCCAAGACCGCAUAACAGAGAAGCUUACUCUGCGGGACUGUUGUUGUACUGUGAAUAUGGGAAAGGGUUGGACCCCAAAUCAACAAACAUGUCAGCCUUGUCCAACACCUGGUUCAGAUGGCCAUAACCUCUUGUGCAAGAGUAGCGAGCCAAUUACAAAGGAUUAUUGUAAGCUAUUCAACCAGGAUUGUGAGAAUGGCCGGUGUGUGAACACAGAACACCACUUCUACUGCCAAUGCCAUCCUGGCUUUCGCAAUAACACAGCUGGCAUGUGUGUGGACAUUGAUGAAUGCGGCCAGCGAGGAGUUUGCAGAAAUGGUCGAUGCAUCAACACAAAGGGCAGCUACAGAUGUGAAUGCAAUGAAGGUUUUGUGUUAUCAAAAGAUGGCAGUUACUGCACAGACAUGAAUGAAUGUGAGACUGAAAGGAUGUGCCCCAAUGGCCGCUGCUUCAAUAUGGAUGGCUCUUAUAAAUGUGUGUGUAAUCCAGGGUACAGGCAGUCACCUAACCAACAGAUAUGUUAUGAUGUCAACGAGUGCACAGAGAAUGGCAGAUUGUGUGUUAAUGGAGAGUGUGUCAAUAUUGAUGGCAGUUACCGCUGUGAGUGCAACCCUGGCUUCCAGUUGUCUCCAGAUGGUGCCUUCUGUUUAGACUAUGAUGAGUGUCGCACCACAGGCAUGUGUACAAAUGGACGAUGUCAGAAUAUGAUGGGCAGCUACAAGUGUAUCUGUGACCCAGGUUUUAUGCUGUCAAUUUCUGCAGGUGGACAAGCUUGUAUAGAUAUCAAUGAGUGCCAGGUAACUCCAGGAAUCUGUGUCAAUGGAAUGUGCAUCAAUAAUCAGGGCAGUUUCCGUUGUGAUUGUCCACAAGGCUUCUCUCUAGGCCCUGAUGGUAGGACAUGUUUAGACAAACGACGAGGCCUGUGCUAUCCAGAUGUGCAAAACGGUCGUUGCUUGAACCCUCUAGCAAUGCUAGUCUCCAAGUCUGCAUGUUGCUGCAGCCUGUCAGCUCAGGGCUCCAGGUAUGCAUGGGGUCAAGCAUGUGAGAUCUGUCCUGAGAUGACAGACUCCACUUUCCCAACGCUCUGCCCCCAUGGCAAAGGCACAGAUCAUGAUGGGAAAGACAUCAAUGAGUGCAUGCUUAGGCCUGACAUCUGUGAAAACGGUGUGUGUGAGAACGUCCUCACAGGCUACCGCUGUGUGUGUAAUCCAGGUUUCAAGGCAGACAGCACAGGACGUCAGUGUAUAGAUAUUGAUGAAUGUGAGUUAAACCCCAGACUCUGUGAUGGUGGCCGGUGUCGCAACACACCUGGCAGUUAUCAAUGUGUUUGCCCUGCUGGCUACAGGUUCAACACAGCUUCCAGAAUGUGUGAAGAUAUUGACGAGUGUGCUGAGCGACCCUGUGUUGGAGGUACAUGUGUCAACAUUGCUGGCAGUUUUCGGUGUGAUUGUCCACCCAACACCAUCAAAGAUGCUAGUGGAAGGGUCUGCAUUGACAAUAGGAAGGGUCUCUGCUGGCUCAGUAUAACCAAUGGCCAGUGUGAGAACAGCAUUGCAGCAUCAGUGACACAGUCAGAAUGCUGCGGGUCCAUUGGCAAAGCUUGGGGAAGUCCUUGUGUGCCUUGUCCUACAGAUGUUGAAAGACACUGCCCUCCUGGGUUUUCUUUUAAAAAUGGCAUCACCUGUGUUGACAUUAAUGAAUGUGAGAUGUUUCCCAACAUUUGUCGUGGGGGAGGUCAGUGUGUCAACACUGAAGGCUCAUUCCGGUGCACCUGCCCUAAUGGCUUAACACUGGAUCGUUCAGGACGUAGAUGCGUUGACUUGCGUAAGAACGUGUGUUUCCAGGAGUAUAGCAGUAUGCUCUGCUCCAGACCCCUGAUGGGUGAAUACACACGUGCUGACUGUUGCUGUGCCAUUGGCAAAGGUUUUGGUGACCCUUGCCAUGCUUGCCCAUUAAAAGGUUCAGAUGAUUACAAAGAUCUUUGUGAUGAAGACAUUAUAAAUGGAAUUACAAAUGGUGUAAGCCCUGAACAGGCAAAAGACGUGAAUGAAUGCAUGAUGUUCCGUGGUUUAUGUGCCAAUGGCCGAUGUCGCAACACAAUUGGCAGUUUUGAAUGUGACUGCAACCCUGGGUAUGCUGUUGACAACCUUGGCACUAACUGCACAGACAUCGAUGAAUGCCACAUCUCCAUGACGGAUAUCUGUGGUAAUGGUCGGUGUGUCAACACUCCUGGUGGUUUCCACUGUGAGUGUGAUGCUGGCUAUGUGGGUGUUAUGAUGAACCAGAUGUGUGUUGAUGUGGAUGAGUGUAAGGAACAGAAAUCACUCUGUCUGGGUGGGAACUGUGUGAACAGUGCAGGCAGUUAUGAGUGCCAGUGUCCAGAUGGCCAUGAGCUAGCACCAGAUAGUCGAUCCUGCAAAGACAUAGACGAAUGCUCCUCAAUUAGCAGUAUUUGCUCCAAUGGACACUGUGAGAACUUCAUGGGUGGUUAUCAGUGCAUCUGUAACCCUGGCUACAUGCCCAAUGAUCUGAAGUCCACUUGCAUAGACAACAAUGAGUGCCAUGAUAACAAUGGAGGCUGCCAGUCUGUUUGCAUCAACACUCCAGGUAGUUUCAGCUGUGGCUGUGAAAGUGGCUUCCUCUUGCUAACAGAUGGGCGCUCCUGUGUUGAUGUGGAUGAGUGCAAAGAGCAGGCAGAAAUCUGUGAUGGAGGACGCUGUGACAAUUUGCCUGGGUCUUAUCGCUGUAUUUGUUCAGGGGGUCUCACACCAUCUCCAGAUCAAAGAAGGUGUCUAGAUGUUGAUGAAUGUCUACUCAACAAAAAUCUUUGUCUCAAUGGAGUUUGUCAAAACAGCCAUGGGUCUUUUGCUUGCAAAUGUGACAUUGGCUUCAGCAUAAAGACAGAUAUUGGUGCAACUGGGUGCACAGAUGACAAUGAGUGUGAAGCAGGUGAGGCCACCUGUAAUGAGAAUGCCCUCUGCAUCAACACACUAGGCUCAUACAAAUGUGACUGCAAAACUGGCUACACUGGUGAUGGCUUCACCUGUCGAGAUGUGAAUGAGUGUGUCAGAGACAAUGGAGGCUGUGCCCGUGAUGCUGGGUGUGUCAACUUUGCCGGAAGUUUCCGCUGUAUCUGUGAUGAUGGAUUCAGUGGGGAUGGCUAUGAGUGUAGAGAUGUUGAUGAAUGUAGCCUGGAGCAUGGCAUCUGUGAAAAUGGCAAUUGUUUCAACUUUCCUGGUGGUUAUCGCUGUGAAUGUGAUAUGGGAUUUGCUCCUACAGAGGAUGAAAGGGCAUGUGUUGAUAUCAAUGAAUGUGACAUGUUCCCCAACCUGUGUGUGAACGGACGAUGCGAAAAUGUCUUUGGCAUGUUUCGCUGUGCGUGUAACCAGGGCUACAAGCUGGAUGCAACAGGAGGAAACUGUACAGACAUUGAUGAGUGCCAGAAUUCUGACAACUGCCAAUACGGUACAUGCAUCAACCAGCAGGGAAGCUACCUUUGUCAGUGCCCACCCAAUUUUGAGAGCAAUCCCACGGGGACUGGUUGUGUAGAUAGGCGUAUGGGAAGGUGCUACAUGGAUGUCCCGCUGUAUGAGUCAGGUCGGCUGGGUGUUUGUGAUGAUGAAAUAGCCAGGGAUGUUUCCCGAGCCACCUGUUGCUGCACUGUAGGGCUUGGAUGGGGUGAAGUGCCAGGUUUUUGUGAGCCUUGCCCAAAGAAUGGGACAGCUGAGCGCAGUAAUCUUUGUCCUGGAGGCCCAGGAUUCCGUCCGAACCUUGUGACGCUGGUACUAGAAGACAUUAACGAGUGUGCAGAAGUGGCCGGUAUGUGUGAAGGAGGCGAGUGUCAGAAUACAUUUGGGUCUUAUGUGUGCCGCUGUCCCCCUGGUUAUGAACUAGACGACACAAAUCAUCGCUGUAUUGAUAUUGACGAGUGUCGGGUUGACCCAUUCCGCUGUGGCAUUGGCACCUGCAUCAACAAGGAUGGCAAUUUCAGUUGUCUUUGUCCUGAUGGACAUAUUAUGAUGCCAGAUGGUGUAACUUGCAUGGACAUGCGAAAGAGCCGCUGUUAUCGGAGCUUCACCAACACCAGCUUGCCACCAUACCAUCUGAUCUGUGAGCCUGAAGAUGCUGUCAUCAUGGAUGUCUCUCACUUCCACUGCUGCUGUCUUUUUGGUGUUGCAUGGGGAUUGGGCUGUGACCCUUGUCCUGUCCGUGGAUCACGUGCCUUUAGGGAGCUUUGUGAAGAAGGUCCUGUUACUGUGUAUGAUGUUAAUGAGUGUGAUGUCAAUCAAGACCUGUGUCGGAAUGGCCAGUGCAUUGACACUCCAGGGAGUUUCCGAUGUCGGUGCUUCACAGGUUUUGUGUACAAUGCCAUCACUCAGUCUUGUGAUGAUGAGGAUGAGUGUCAGCGGCUUCCAAGCCCCUGUAUUGGGAAUGCUCAGUGUCUCAACAUGCCUGGCAGCUUUACCUGUGACUGUCCUGAUGGCUACAGAAUCCGCCCUGAUGGCAGGCGCUGUGAAGAUGUAAAUGAGUGUAGUGAAAGAUCUGACAUCUGCCUGCAUGGCGAAUGUAGGAACCUUCAGGGAAGCUUCAGCUGUAUUUGUCGUCCAGGCUAUCACCUCUCUCCAGACAGGACAAUGUGCAUUGAUAUGGAUGAGUGUAUUAUGCGGCCUGGGCUGUGCAGGAAUGGCAGCUGUGACAACAUGGAUGGUGCUUACCGCUGUCACUGUAAUCCUGGUUUCAAACUUACAGACACAGGAGAGUGCAUGGACAUUGAUGAGUGCAGGACAGUCGUUGGUGUUUGUGAAAAUGGCCGUUGUAUCAACACCCAGGGUAGCUUUACAUGUCAGUGCCAGCGUGGCUACACUCUGUCAGCUACAAACAACUGUAUUGAUGUUGAUGAGUGCUUUGAAACUCCAGACAUCUGCAAGCGUGGUAUGUGUCAGAAUGUUGAAGGAUCAUAUUUAUGUCAGUGUAGAAAUGGCUAUCGUCUGUCUCGCCACCAAGAUGAGUGUGUUGAUAUCAAUGAGUGUUUGGAAGUUGAGGGUGUCUGCUUUAAUGGGCGAUGUGAGAACACUGAAGGAGGCCACAUCUGUACCUGUCCAUCUGGAUUCAUGCUUACAUCUGAUGGAAAAGCUUGUCUUGAUAUGAGACAUGGGGUGUGCUUCCGUCAGUAUGAAUCUGGCCGGUGCUUAGACCCUUUUCCAGGAAACCUGACUCGAGCUGAGUGCUGCUGCACCAGUGGGUUGGGGUUUGUGGUGGGACGUGAGUGUCGUCCUUGUCCAAAACCAGGAGAUGCUGGCUUCCCAUACCUGUGCCCUGAGGGCUUUGGCUAUGUUGUGGUCAUGCCUGGUGGAGUUGUGGGAGAUGUAAAUGAGUGCGUCAUACAUCCUGGCAUCUGCAAAAAUGGAAUCUGUGUCAACACAGACGGCUCCUUCAGAUGUGAGUGUGCACCUGGUUAUCACCUGGAUGCUAGUGGCACAAACUGUGUGGAUUCUGAUGAGUGCCAUGACCUUGGGGUCUGUGGAAAUGGCACGUGUGCUAACACAGAAGGCUCUUUUGAAUGCUACUGCAGCCCUGGAUUUGAGCCUGGCUUAGAGAAGACUUGUCAAGAUGUUGAUGAAUGUGAGACUGGGGCUAACCAGUGUGCAUUCCGCUGCUUCAACAUGCUUGGCACAUUCCGAUGUAUCUGCCCAAUGGGCUACAAGAUUGCAGAGGACCAAAUGCACUGCGAAGAUGUUGAUGAAUGUGCCACUCCAGCCAACUUGUGCAAAUAUGCUUGCAAGAACACCGUGGGAUCUUUUCUGUGUGUUUGCCCUGAAGGCUAUGUUCAGCGUGGAGCAGAUGAGUGUAUUGAUGUUGAUGAGUGCCGAACACUGCCAGGAGUCUGUCGUAAUGGGCGUUGUUACAAUACACAGGGUGGGUAUCGAUGUGAUUGUAAUCCUGGCUAUCAAGUUACCAGUGAUGGAAAGGCAUGCACUGACCGACGUAUGGACUACUGCUUUUUGGAACUGACUAGUGGGAGAUGUGUGCAGUCUCCCAAUCUGGCUCUUCUGACCAAAGCUGAUUGCUGUUGUUCAUUAGCAGCAGCCUGGGGUAGAUCAUGUGAACGUUGCCCACCAUUGUCUUCCUCUGCUUUUAAUUUGCUUUGCCCUAUGGGACCAGGACUUACCCCUGAAGGACAAGACAUCGAUGAAUGUUCUAGCAUGCCAGGUGCCUGUGAGAAUGGCCGAUGUCUCAAUACUAUGGGAUCCUAUCGUUGCGUCUGCAACAAAGGAUACAAAACUGAUCAGUCUGGGAAGAGAUGCAUUGACGCUGACGAGUGUGAGCAGACUCCAAAGGUAUGCGAAUUCACCUGUUCCAACACAGUUGGUAGUUAUGUAUGUGGAUGCCCACCUGGUUAUGUCCUUAACAUGGAUCAGCGCACUUGUAGGGAUCUGGAUGAGUGCACUACCAUGCGCCACAACUGUCCUCACACGUGCAUUAACACACCAGGUAGUUUUGAGUGUGGCUGCCAGGAAGGUUUCAAGAAGGGGCCAAGAGGUCACUGUCAAGAUAUUGAUGAGUGUGCGGAGACCUCUGACCUGUGUGGUCCAGUAGGCACUUGUCGCAACACUGCUGGUAGCUUUGAGUGCAUGUGUCCUCGAGGGUACAGGCGUGAUUCAACUGGUACUAAAUGCAUUGAUCUAGAUGAGUGUACUGAUGGCAAAUGUGAAGGAGAGUGUGAGAAUACUGUGGGCAGUUUUCACUGCCUUUGCUUGCCUGGUUUCUCUGAGCACUUUGGUACCUGCAUUGAUGAGAAUGAAUGUUCGGCUUCUAGUGGUGCAGUAUGUGGUUUGGCAUUAUGUAUCAACACACGAGGAAGCUACGACUGCCAGUGCGGUGGAGGACACAACUUUGAUCUGAAUUUAAUGUCUUGUGUUGACCAGAAUGCUUGUGGAGGCAAUCCUUGUCUGUUUGGAUGCUCACCAACAUCCAGUGGUCCUGGCUUUCAGUGUGGUUGCCCUCCUGGCUAUAUACCAGUGGGCCAGGGGCACUGCAUGGCCAGCAACCCGUCAAUAACUCAAUACCCACCAGGCAUUCAGCUGCCUCAUGAACCUGGACCAUCCAAUGGUCAGCUGCCCAGUGGAGAAGGUUGCUACCACUGUGAUCAUGACUUUGGAGAACUGCCUCUCACACGUCGUUCUAAGCGCAGUGUUAUUAAGAUAGAAGAUGGAGAAGAGGAUGGUAUUGAGGGAAUGCUUAAGGUCUUCACCAAACGCAGUACUGCAGAAGUUGGAAUGACAGUGGGAGAAAUUGUGCGAACCAGGCGUAGUGCAGAUCCCACCCAGCUUCAACGGCGACAUUAUAAACAACAUGCAAAUAGCACCAUGGCUAGAGAGAUGGGAAGACUGUAUAACCCCAGUAACAAUGGCACCUUCAUCUUGUAUGUCAAUCACAAACUGACUCGUCCAAAGACACGCAUCAUCAAAGUUAUCCCAUCACUUGCAGCCCUCAAGCACAAUGUCCAUUAUUCUAUUGUCAAGGGCAACGAUGAUGGUGUCUUCGCCCUACAUGACCACCAUGGCAUCAAUUCCCUGCAUUUUACACACAAACUUGCUGGCCCAGCUCAUUACACCCUAGACAUCCUUUGUCAGCCCACACUGGCAGAUGUGGAAAGUGGUGGUGAGGCGUUGCAUUUAGAGCCUUACACAAUACAACUGAUUGUCUGGGUGGAGUGACAGGAGACUAAAACUAGUUGACCUUUGCCUCUCUGUGUGCAUAGAGCUUUUGUGUUUGGAUAUAGUUUCCUAGAUGGUUUCCAUUAGUGGGAGUCUGCUGAAGACUUGUGUUAAACCCCUCAUCACAAAAUAGCGUUGCAAUGAUUCCGUACAUUUUGACAAGUCAUAUGAUGAUGAUGGUAAUUAUGAUGAUGGUUAUGCACUGCCAGAUUAUUUCCUUAUGAUAACCCUUUCAUUAUCAACAGUGUUUUGAUUUGCAUCUUCUAUUUAAAACACAUCAAAUGUUUUAAUAGCAUUUAUUUAUAAUGUGCCUUUGUAAUUCUCUUAACAUUUUGUUUAAAGUUUCUUUUAACUCCAGAUAUCUUUGAAUAAUCUACACCCUAUGAAAUCAGACUGUUGCACCAUCAUGAAGAUAAUUGUCUUGGUCAUGAGUCCAUUUUUUUUCUUAUCUGUUAUCUUGUGAAGAACGAGCUAGGCCACCAUGUUGCUUCUAGCCUUAUGUUCACAUUUUCUCCCACGUCAAUAAAAGUGCAGUUUGGUUCAUCUGAGGCACUCUUCCAUUUUUUCAUCUAUCAGAGUUUACUUGCUCAGUAUAAAUACUCACCAGGCUGGUCACUGCUGUAAUUUGACUCAGGUAUGGCCACUAGUACCAUCUGUACAUUACAUAUUAAAAUACAGCACUUAGGUAACUGUCUUUCUGUGGAGAAACAUGGGUGGAGGUGAACACAUACUUGAAUACAGCAUGUAAGUAAUCUGCAUUAACUGUGUCUUGCUGUUAAAGGACUUGGAUGAUGUUAAACACCUGUAAGAGUAAAUUUUGUGAACUAAACAGCUGUAAAAUUUUCAAUGUGAGAAGACUCAACUGAGCAAUAUCAAGAAAAAGUUUGAUUUUCAGGAGGAAAGAAUCUUGAUUGCACUGCUUGCUUUGCUUGCAGCAUUUAAGACAGUGAAACGUUCAGUCGUUGGAGCAGUUUUAUGUAGCUUCAAUUGACCUAGUUACAUGUCUUUCAUCCUGUUAUACUGUAUUUUACUCUGCAGAUGCUUUCUUAUUUUGUAUGACAUAUUUCAGAAUGAGAAGAACUCUACAUCUAAUGUUUGAAUUAUUUUUAUUGAAUCUUUUGAGGGGGUGGUCUUUAAGCAUAAGAAUUUAAGAAUAAUUUUAAAAAUGUUGUCCUCAGAUGAAACUGCAACCAUAUGCAAGCAUGCUGAACUCAAAAAAAGUAAACAAGUUUAUCUGAUAUCUGAAUACAUGUAUGCAAAUGAUAAUAGAGGCCUGCAGUCUAUUGCAUAGAUUCAUCUUAAUGGUUCUGCUGUAUGAAUGUAGAUAACUGAGUGCUGAGAAGGGUAUAUGCUGAUAGAUGUGACUUUGUAAGCAUAAUUAUUUAGCAUCAUUGUGUACUUAAAUGGUAUUAUGAAUGAGUAAUACAUUUUUCAGACAAUU